AUGAUCCGAGAAAUCGAUGCGCUUGACGGAGUAGCUGGAAGGACGGUAGACAAGGCAGGAAUUCAAUUCCGAAUACUUAACAGAUCCAAAGGCCCGGCUGUAUGGGGUCCACGGGCACAAAUCGAUCGCGCACUCUACAGGAAAUACAUGCUCGAGGAAUUAACUAACACCCCCGGGCUUAGCAUUGUGGAAGGGAAAGUUGCGGAUAUUGUUGUCUCAAAGGAAAACGUGGCAAACUUGAACGGGUCCCAGGGAGAGAUCGUGGGUGUCAGAUUAGAAUCCGGAGAGGUUAUACCUACUGGAAAAGUGAUAAUCACGACGGGGACCUUUCUUGGGGGAGAGAUACAUAUCGGUUUGGAUGCCUUCCCUUCAGGCCGUAUGGGUGAAGCAGCCACUUUUGGCUUGAGCAAGUCUCUACGCGAGGCUGGAUUUCAACUCGGGCGUCUCAAGACAGGUACACCUCCAAGGUUAGACCGCAAGACCAUUGAUUUCAGUACUCUUGAAAUCCAACCAGGCGAUUCUCCUCCCAGCCCCUUUUCUUACCUCAACGACUCUGUGCAGAUUGGGGAUAAGGUUCAAGGACAAGCCGAGACAUAUGAUCUGGUUAGAACCGGAAGGCCUUGCACCAAACGAUGUGAUUUAUCCGGUCCUAACUUUGGUAUUAUCACCUCUGUGGUAAUGAAAGCAUACCCCGUGGAACCCACUGGUCUAUAUGCCUGGUUGGGUGCACCAGGCUAUGGUGUGGAGUAUGAUUACGUUGAUCCUCGAUCAUUACGCCCUACUCUCGAAACCAAACUUAUCAGCGGGCUGUAUCUCGCUGGCCAGAUAAAUGGCACAACUGGUUAUGAAGAAGCUGCUGCACAAGGCAUCCUUGCAGGAAUAAACGCAGGCCUAGCCUCCCAAUCGAAGCCACCAAUGACUCUCUCCCGUGCAGAUGGAUUCAUUGGCAUUAUGAUAGACGACCUCAUUACCAAAGGGGUUUCUGAACCAUACCGAAUGUUCACCACUCGAAGUGAAUAUCGCAUUUCGACGCGCUCGGACAACGCAGAUAUGCGCCUGACAGCGAAAGGACGGGCUGCCGGUGUCGUAUCUGAUAAGCGCUGGCGUCAAUUCGGUGAGGUUAGAGAGCAGAUGUCUUACCUACAGGCACUCCUCGAAAACACCCGGCACCCAUCUACUGUCUGGGCACGUAAAGGGUUCCCUGUCCGCACAGAUUCCUCCGUCAGGUCUGCCUUUGAGCUGCUAUCACAUAAUGGAGUUUCACUUGACGAUAUUAUCCCACAUAUUGACUCUACGCCCGGUUCCCCUCACUCCCUUUCCUCAUUCUCGCCUCAAAUUAAAUCCCGAAUGGCCAUUGAAGGCCGAUAUGCUCCAUAUACCAAACGGCAGGAAGCAAGCGCACUACUGUUUGAACGGGAUGAAGGCAUGCUCCUCCCACCAGACAUUGAUUAUAGCACCAUGCUCGGCUUGAGCACAGAGGAACGCCAGGUUUUGGAGAAAGUACGACCGGUGAGUAUAGGUAUGGCUCGCCGUGUUGAAGGUGUGACUCCUGUGGGCGCUCUGAAGCUACUCAUGCAUGUUCGCAAGUUGAGGUUACUAAAUCUUGGGAAGGAUGAAGCCGCUCGCAGUAUAGCUGACCAGGAGACAGGCACAACUGCUGUCCCCUCACCGUGA